UUGAGAUCGAGGGCCUGCGAAGACUAAAGAAUUUUCGAGCCUGGAGAAUCGCGAUCGCGUGUGCGUGGUUAGUGUGCGUUCGCGAGAGAUGUGCCGCGUUUGAUUACUUGAUCAGAGAUCCAGGGCAUCGAAGGUCACCACUUUCAAUGGCCGUUAGACGCCACCUGCUGCUGAUCCUGCUGCUGAUCCUGCAGCUGAUCGCCACCACGCCGGCGUCGCGCAGCCUCAGCGUUAAUGGCAACAACAUUUGGCGGCGGGUGCGCCUGGUGACCAGCCAGGAAUCCGAUCGUAACGCCUACCAGGUGCUCAAGCCGAGUAGCCGUAAUGCCACCAGCACCACCACUACCACCAGUACUACCACAAGUACCACCACUAGUACCACCACUAGUACCACUACUCCGGCAGCUCCUCAGUCCCAGCGAUCUGCCAAGCAAAUAGAUCUCAAUUUUCCGGGUGGCAAUGUCUCCAGUGCUGCCCGUCUCGAAAUGUCCACGGAAUUCUUUGUGGUGCCCACACUAUCAGCCAGUAGUUCUAGCACCACCACGUCCACCACCACACCAGCCACGCCCCGUCGUAGUUCGGGGGCUAAGGCGCGAGCUGCCGGCACCACUGGACGGGUGACUCCUGGGAGCAGCUCUAACAGCACGCCUCCCAGCAUAGUGUCCACCCACUUGCCCUUCGCAGGCUUGCGCAAGGAGCCGUGGGUGGUGCCGGUGCUAGUCCUGGCCACCCUCACCAUGCUGAUGAUGGCAGCCUUUGAGAUCUUUGUGCUCUUCAAGGCCUGGCGGACGUCGCCGUCGCGAAGACACCUUUUUCUGGGCCAGAUGCUGCUCCUCGGCCUUUUCGCCUGCGCUAGUUUAGGGGCCAUCAUCACCGCUCAGCCCUCCUUGAUCAGUUGCGGGGCCAUCCGCUUCGGAGUGGGUGUGUCCUACGCCCUGGUCUUUGCCGCCCUGCUGGUCAAGUGCGUAUUUCUGAUUAGUCUGAAUGGAGGGGUGUAUCUGCCGGCUCCAUACCAGGGAUUGCUACUCCUCUUUGCGCUGCUCAUUCAGGUGGCGAUCGGAGGUCAGUGGCUGCUCACUCAACCACCGGAGGUGUACACCACCAGUGUGCCUGUGAUGGGAAGUGGCUUCCUCAGCACCACGGUGGCCUCACAGACCAACUACUCGGCACUGUUUUACCCCACGUCCUACACCACGCUGGACGGCACUCCGGAGAUCUACACCCGGAUAGCGGCGGUCAGCACCGUGCUAAUACCGCUCUGCAAGACCCAGUUCACGGAGCUGCUCUUCUCGCUGAUCUACAUUGUCUUUCUGAUCGUCUUCAUCGCCGUGCUGGCCAUUAAGUCGCGCGGCAUCCGGGACAACUACCGUGAGGCCACCUACAUUGGGCUGGCCAUCGGGGGAGCCAUCCCCAUCUGGCUGGGAUGGAUGCUAUGCGGGCUGGCCGUGGCCGAGCGACAUAAGGACGCUUGCGUGGCCUUCGGCCUGGUGGCCACUUCCGCCACGGUCUUCCUGGUGAUGUUCAUGCCCAAGGGCAGACAACUGGCGGCCAUGGGCAAGGAGGGCCUCUACGUGGAGGACCGCGAAGAGCAGUUCAGUUCCUUGAGCCGCGCCGGAUCAGGCUACUCCCCCUCGUUCUUCCACUUCAAGCCCAUCAAGUACGGCGUGAUGAGUGGUUGCGGACUGCCCAACUCUGCAUCCAACACGGGCCAGGGACUCAGCUCCAAACACUGCUCCAGUGCCAACAAUGGAGGUGAUCGGGUUGCUCUGGUCACCGCCGCACCGCCGAGUUAUACGCGUAUGUAUCACUAUUUUCCAGCACACCUGAGUCCGCACCCGUUCUGCUAUUAUCCUCCCGCACCACCACCACCACUGCCACCGCAACCACCGCCACCACAGCAAGCCGCACCGCCCACGCUCACGCCGUUGACCCUCAAACAGUUGGGCAACUCGCUAACCUCCAUGACACAAGCGGCGCAGUUGGCCAAAACGCUGCGCUAUGCGCCAGGCAUGUUUAUACGACCAGACGAAACGAACCUCUACACCACGCUGGAGCCCACGUUGAGCAGCAAUCCGAAUGUGUACUUCCAGCGCAGCGGGGCCGUCCAUCCCGGCAUCCUGUACUGAGUAUUCCGUAAACCCCAUAGGAGCACCGAGCAUCGAGAACACUGGAACUGAGUAUUUUUCUUAUCUUUAAGGUACGGCUCCCAAGGAGCAGCAAUAAGCGAAUGAUAUUCCGCGAUCAUUUCACAUAGUGUAAUAAUUUUGUCAUAACUACUAAGAUCUUUGCAUCUAAGUUUGCGAUACGAAGAAUACAUAUAGCGACC